UGUUUGAUGUAUGAUGGAGAAACUACAAAGAUAAAUGCCCCUCCGAUCGCCUGCUGUUUUGCAUGCCAGGAUGGAAUUCUCAGUUGAAAAUUCCCAUAUUGUAUCUGUUUAAUGAUGUUACAGUCUGUCACAAAACAGAUUUGCCAAAUAGUCGAAGGAACUUUAUAAACGAUGAUAUAUGACACCUUUUACAGGAACGCCAUCUCGGAGAACAGAACCCGCACCUCGUCCAAAACCAAGAGGAACACACCCACGGAGAACAGAAACUUCCCCUUCCACCGGACGGAGAGGACAACAGCCACAGAAAGUCGAAAACAUCCCUCGUCCCGCAGAAAGAGGAAAACAGCCGAGCAGAAAAGAAACUCCUGAAGCCAACAACCAGAUAGGAAAACAUUCUAAGAAGAAACCACAAGCAUCAGCAUUUGACGAAUCCGAUCAGAAAGGAGAAGAUAUUUUUACACCAGAAGAUGAGGGUGUCUCGGAACAAGUGAACAAAGCAGACAAACAACCAUCCCCAUCAAAUGCAGAGAAGAAAUCACUUAAAAGUGAAGAUGCAGGUAGCAAAACAGCAGAUAAAGUGUCUGAACCUUCCCUGGAAUCCAAGGACAAAAAAGAUGUUGCCUCUGGUCAAAAAUAUAAGCUAAAAGAAAUUAAAGAUGACAUGUACAACCUGAAGUCCAUGAAAAUGAAUGUGGCAGAAUUUGAGGCUCUUGAUUUGUAUGCUUGCAAGGUUCCACCAAUGGGUUCUGUGGAGGCCCUGGUACAGAAUUUGUUGCAGUAUGCAAGCACGGAUCUGGAGAAAAUUCGAGCAAUGUGGAUGUGGAUCUGUUGUCAUAUUGAGUAUGAUGUGAAGGGAUAUCACAACAAGGACCAUUUGCAUUCUGAUGCCAUCGAUGUUCUGAAGUCUGGAAAAGCAGUGUGUGCUGGGUACUCGGGACUCUUCUGUGAAAUGUGCAGUUUUGCAGAUAUACAGUGUACUGAAAUCGCAGGAUACUCCAAAGGAUAUAAUUACGAAGUUGGGAAGAAGUUCAAAGGUGAUUCAGACCAUGCCUGGAAUGCCGUGUUUCUGGACGGGAAGUGGCACCUUCUGGACAGUACCUGGGGAUCAGGCCACGUGAAUGAGACCUGCUCUAAGUUCACCCGCAAGUAUGUUGAGUUUUAUUUCUUCACACAUCCGACACUCUUCAUCAAUAAUCAUUUCCCUAUGGAGGAAAAGUGGCAGCUGAUUUCCCCGAGGAUUUCCCUCAAGAUAUUUGAAAACAUGGUGUUCAGGACAGGAGAUUUCUUUGAAAUGGGUCUGAAGUACAUCCACCCAGACGUGCAGGUGAUAUCCACAGUGAAUGGAAGAGUUAUCAUCAACAUAGAGGGCCAUUCCCCAACUUUGUUCAUGUACAAUCUCGACGACAGGAAGGACUGCGCUAUCAUCAUCUUGACCAAGUACGGAAUGAAGCUGGAGGUUCUGCCGCAGAAGACGGGGAACCACAAGUUAAAAAUCUAUGCAAAACUCUGGGAUUCGGAAGAGGAGACGUAUUCCUUUAUUUGCGCCUAUCUAGUCAGAUGCGAUUUGAUUGAUGAAAAUUUCAAGCUGCCAAAGUCGUUUCAUAACCCCAUGGGUCCCAGCUGGCUUACAGAGACCAAGGGGCUUCUGCAGCCGUCUCACCCUGAGCCCCUGAUUUACUGUGAGGACGGCAGGUGUGCGAUCAGGUUCAUGGUGAACGUGGAGCUGAGCUUCGCCAGCAAGCUGUCCUGCGAUGACGUCCGGCUGUCAGACGAGGACAUGAAGAGCCACGUCUUCAAGACUCAGUUCGGCAACUGGGUGGAGUUUAAGAUCCAGCUCCCUCAGUCGGGCCUCUAUGUCUUUGCGAUCUUCGGGAAGGAGAAGACCAGCCGCAGCCCCACCCACGACCACAUUUGCGAAUACCUGAUCUCCUGCACCAACAAGAAUGUCCACUUGUCCAGCUUCCCCAAGAUCUUCAGCUCCUGGACAGACGGCUGUGAGCUGGUGGAGCCUCUCUCCGGCACACUGCCCCCUCACCAGCUGAUCAAAUUCAAGCUUAAGAUCCCCCAUGUGAGGAAUGUGCAGGUGUAUGGUAAAGUAGCGUGUCCACUCAACAUGACCAAGGAGGGCUACUGGGAGGGCAUUUGCAACACGGAAGAUAACAAGCACCUCAAUGUUGGCGUCUCGGAUAAAAUGUUUGACAGCAAGUUUACAUUUGCCCUUCAGUAUGAAGUGGGAGUUAUAAAAUAAUCUGACCCCGUAUUACAACCUGCCAUGGAUAACAAAAGCGAAGCUGAGCGGAAUUAAAACCAAAAAAACACAUGUAAUUCAUCUCAAAAUCUGUUUUAUGGUAAUGAAUAUGUUUUAUGCAGUGGGCUUCCCUUGACUGAGGCUUCACAAGGUGAUCAAGUUAAAACUCUUCAUUUAAUACCCGGAUCUCACAGGAUGUUCAAUGAAGGAAGAAUUAGAAAUUGAAUUUGCCUUUUAUGUCUUGAGCAUGUCCAAAGACAUGUCCAAAGAGCGAAUAAAUUACUUUUGACAUGUUUUUAAUGCCGUACUGUGGGGAACCGUAAUGAACUGUGCCGUUUCAUUAAAGUGUGGCGCUUGGCUUAGUGUUCAGAGUGCUACAUGAGGAAAUACUGAGCCGGUGUCCAAUGAGGGGGCAUCAUAAGCAGGUAGAGGUCCGGGCCAUACAGGGGGCCUGGACCAGAGUGAACGUGGGCUGUCAGAUUGAAGGAGACGAGAGCUGAGAGGAGCGAGGCCACAGAGUGGACUGGGCCGCGAUCUGACAGCGCAGGGACUGUGUGAACACGAAGGGCCGUCAGGGGGGGAAACAGGAGAGCGAUGCACGAUGGGGGGUGGAGAGAGACACUGAGGGGAUCAGAAGAACAGGAGGGUGAGUGAGGACGAUGGGGCAACAGGAAAGUUGACGCAAGAGGGACGGUGAGGGAGAGGGAUAGUACACUGGACAGUCAGCUCGGGCCAGCAGGGGUUGAGCUUUGUUGACAUAGAGAACACAAUGAAACCUCAAUCGAGAGAACUGGAGUAGAAAUGUGGAGGCAGGGAUAUUAUGGAAGGGCAACGCUGG